CGGCACUCGGCUGGACGCUCGGCGCUGCCGGAGCCGCGCAGCCCGCGGGGGACGAGAGAGCCAAGCUGCCAUGGGAAGCUGCGGCAUGUGGGCAUGGCAGGAGCUGCUGGUGCUGCUGAGCAGCAUGUGGCUGUGGGUGGGCAGUGCCCAGCCCACCCCCCCGGGCCCCACGCACGCCCCCGGACCCCAGCUGAAGUUUCGCCUGGCUGGCUACCCGCGCAAGCACAACGAGGGCCGCGUCGAGGUCUUCUACAAUGAUGAGUGGGGCACCAUCUGCGACGACGACUUCACGCUGGCCAACGCACACGUGCUGUGCCGGCACCUCGGCUUUGUGGCUGCCACUGGCUGGGCCCACAGCGCCAAGUAUGGCAAAGGCAUCGGGCGGAUCUGGCUGGACAACGUGAAUUGUGCCGGAGGUGAGAAGAGCAUUGGGGACUGCAAACACCGGGGCUGGGGGAACAGUGACUGCAGCCAUGAGGAAGAUGCAGGUGUCAUCUGCAAGGACGAGCGCAUCCCAGGCUUCAAGGACUCCAACGUCAUCGAGACCGAGCAGAGCCAUGUGGAGGAGGUCCGCCUGCGGCCGGUGGUGUCCGCCCGGAGGCAGCUGCCGGUGACAGAGGGCAUCGUGGAGGUGCGCUACAAGGAUGGCUGGGCACAGAUCUGCGACGAGGGCUGGGACAGCCAGAACAGCCGUGUCAUAUGCGGCAUGAUGGGCUUCCCUGCUGAGAAGAAGGUCAACAGGAACUUCUACAAGCGGUUGAAGCGCGCAGCCAGGAUGAAGGGCCGGAGCCUGAGGCCAGGCAGCAGGCUGGCCUCCAAAUCUCAGCCUAAACAAAAGCGCAGGGAGGACGUAGGGUCCAAGAAGAGGCUGUUCACGGAGCGGCAGCGGCUCAACUACCGCCUACACUCUGUGUCUUGCACGGGGACGGAGGUGCACCUCUCCAUGUGUGCCUUUGAGUUCUACCGGGGCAACGCCUCGGCCGCCUGCGGGGCCGGCAUGCCCGCCGUCGUCAGCUGCGUGCCCGGGCCCCUCUUCGCCACCAGCAAUGCCCACAAGAAGAAGCAGCGCCAACAGCAGCAGGGCCAGCCACGGAUCCGGCUGAAGGGUGGUGCGAAGGUCGGCGAGGGCCGCGUCGAGGUGCUCAAGAGCAGCGAGUGGGGCACGAUCUGUGACGACCGCUGGAACCUGCUGUCAGCCAGUGUGGUGUGCCGCGAGCUGGGCUUCGGCAGCGCCAAGGAGGCCCUCACCGGGGCACGCAUGGGCCAAGGGACGGGGCCCAUCCACAUGAACGAGGUGCAGUGCCUGGGCACCGAGAAGUCCCUCUGGAGCUGCCCCUCCAAGAACAUCACGCAGGAGGACUGCAAGCACACGGAGGACGCAGCCGUCCGCUGCAACAUCCCCUACAUGGGCUACGAGACCCUGAUUCGGCUGAGCGGGGGCCGGAGCCGCUUCGAGGGGCGGGUCGAGGUGGCGGUGGGGGCUGGCGACAGGGACCAGCCCCGCUGGGGUCUGGUCUGCGGCGAAGGCUGGGGUACGCUGGAGGCGAUGGUGGCCUGUCGCCAGCUGGGUCUGGGAUUCGCUAACCACGGCUUACAAGAGACGUGGUACUGGGAUGCCAGCAACGUGACGGAGAUGGUGCUGAGCGGGGUGAAGUGCGCUGGCCAUGAGAUGUCCCUGAGCCACUGCCAGCACCACGGCACCAGCCUGAACUGCAGGAACACAGGCACGCGCUUCGCCGCAGGUGUCAUCUGCUCCGAGACUGCCUCGGACCUACUGCUGCACGCCCCACUGGUGCAGGAGACGGCGUACAUCGAGGACCGGCCGCUGCACAUGCUGUACUGCGCCGCCGAGGAGAACUGCCUCUCCAGCUCGGCCCGCCUGGCCAACUGGCCCUACGGGCACCGUCGCCUGCUCCGCUUCUCCUCCCAGAUCCACAACAACGGCCGCGCCGACUUCCGCCCCAAGGCCGGCCGGCACUCCUGGGUCUGGCACGAGUGCCACCGGCACUACCACAGCAUGGAUAUCUUCACCCACUAUGACAUCCUGACCCCCAAUGGCACCAAGGUGGCGGAGGGACACAAGGCCAGUUUCUGCCUUGAGGACACCGAGUGUGAGGAAGACGUGGCCAAGCGGUACGAGUGUGCCAACUUUGGGGAGCAGGGCAUCACUGUGGGCUGCUGGGACCUGUACAGGCACGACAUCGACUGCCAGUGGAUCGACAUCACUGAUGUCAAGCCAGGCAACUACAUCCUGCAGGUCGUGAUCAACCCCAACUUUGAGGUGGCAGAGAGCGACUUCACCAACAAUGCCAUGAAAUGCAACUGCAAGUACGACGGGCACCGCAUCUGGGUGCACAGCUGCCAUAUUGGCGAUGCGCUCAGCGAGGAGGCCAACAAGCGGUUUGAGCAGUACCCAGGUCAGCUCAACAACCAGAUUUCGUAGGGCCCUGGCCCCCGGGGAGACGGGCAUCUCCCUCCCUCACCCUGCACGGGUGGGAGGAAGCUGCUGGGGGGCCAGCGGGGAGGCCUCAUGCCCGGCACCGCUGCCACCGUGCCCUGCCGGGGACCGCCCAGGACUCACCGUCACCAACUGCCCUUCCCCACCUCGGGGAGCUGGUGCUGGAGGCACUGCACACCUGCACCUCCCAGCCUGGGGCCACCACCCCAACCACUGGCCAGAAGAUGCUGUGCCCACGUCCCCUGGGCUGCGGCACAUGGGUACAGUCCAGGAGGUCCUGUACCCCCCACUGCACCCCCCUCUGUUCCCAGUCCCUGCUGUCCCAGCUGCACCCCACCUCCUGCUCCCCCAUUCUGCCCUGGUUCCUCUCACCCCGACAGCCCUCCCCAGGGCUUUGCCCUCAGCCGGCCCCAGCAGGGCCCAGGACCCACCACCCACGCAGGGACUUGCACCCCUGCACAGCCCUGGCCAAGCCCCAGGGAGCCCCUUGUCCCCCGAGGACGGUGUGGCUGCCCCUGCCCUGGCAGCACUGCCUCCAGCUGCCCGGCAGUAGUUCCCACACCCAUCUCUUAGUUGUAAUUUUAUUUUCUCUAUAAAGUUGUCAGUUCUGUUUCCCCAA